UGGACGUUUGAUGUGGUGUUUGUCAAGAUUGUGCUAUUGUGUGUUUACAGAGUGAUUUAGAUCCCGUUACUAUAAUCCUAAUUGAAGUAAAAGCUUUUAAGGAGUAGAUGAAGGUGACAGAAUGUCUCGCAACAAAGAUAAGCACGAGGGCGCAAGCGGGCGCACAUACCACAUCAUGUCGGAAGCGGAACGAGCAUCCGGCCGUCGCGGUGGUUGGACCACGCUUGAGGUAACAGGAGGUGUGCGCGCCUUAGCGCCUCAACUGUUCCAACUGACGCACCUUACAGCGUUGUAUCUGAACGACAACUCCUUGCAGCGGAUUCCACCGGAUAUCAAUCAUCUUGUCAACUUGCACACCUUGGAUGUGUCUAAUAAUAAGCUAAGAUCGUUACCGGCGGAGCUCGGCGACCUCAUACAGCUCAGGUAAAAGACAAGGGAAAACAUUCAAUUUGAACGAACAAACGAAUCUGCACACUGCAGAGGCUCCUGCCUGGUGGAUGGACCAGGACCCUCCACGCUGAUCCAAUGCGGAUUGGAGCGUAUUAACGAUGACAUCGAAAUGCAGUCUGAACCAAUGGCUUAACGUGCCUUCUGAAGUACUGACUAGCUUGGACAAUAAUAUUUUGAUCAGCCAUCUUGGGUCGCGGCGCUUAUCCACUAUUAUUAGCUAGUUUGUUGUAUGCCCUCCUUGAAUAUUUAUUAUAUUCGGUUUAUUAGCAAAAAUUGUGUAGUGCGUUGUGAGGGAAAACUGACGGCAAGAUGAUUCACGGAGGAGACUCACACUUAACAUCAUUGUUUACUAGGUGAUGAAAUAUGAAGGUGAUGGUGAGGUGCAAAAAUAGAUUAAAUAAGAUUAAAUUCAUCUAAAUAUUUUUGAAAGUUCCACCAGGACGUCUUGCCCUCCAAACUUGAAAAAAUAUACCAGGAAACAGACCAACAUCUUUUUUAAUAUUGUUUAUAUAUAAACAUGAAAUAUAUUUAAAAAGUAUCAUUCAAAUAAUAAGUUAAAAUCUAAAAGUAAAUUUAAUUUUAUAAAUUUCCCGCGUAUACGCCACUUCUGUCAUGACGUCACGACCCUCUGAAACUAAUAUCGUUCUAUGUAUGCACAAGUUGAAUUCUCCAAGUUCUGAUACGACUUGCGGUCACUUGACAACGAGUAUAAAAUAUUUGUUUUUCAUAAUUAAUUUAAGCAAUAUUAUAAAUAUAAUAAACACAAAAGUAUGAUUAUUGGUAAUUAUAUUUUAAACACAACCAGCAAAAAAAAUAUUUUUGUUUACUGUCUAUUGAAAUUCAUGGCAACUCUAACCAACACUCCAUCUUUGAAAUUGUAAUACUUAAAAAAACUUAUUUUGUGACAAAAAUUUAAUUUAAUGUCAUUAAUGUCUGUGUGAGUUGUUCCGAAUCCGUUUCUUUAAUAUUUAAAAAGAUUCUUAAUAACUUAGGCCUGGUACACAUCUGACGGAAGAUCGUCGGUAGUCGUCGGAACUAUCAUAUAUCAUGUGACAUUAAAUUGUGCACUCGACGGAUGCUCCGUAGCGUACGAACACAUAAUUCUGUGA